AUGCUGUCAAAGACGCAGCGGGUGCGCGGCUCGGCUAGGAGGACAUCGCACAUCUGGUUGAAACGAAGGAAAUGUGGCGUCGUGCGAUGUGAUUUCAUUGCCUCUUCGUUAUAG